CCAGGUCCAUCUGCCCGUGCCAGUCGCCGUGCACACUGUAAGAAAAUCCGGCCAGUACACACACCUGUUGUUCGUGUGGCGAGUUUCAGAAGCGGAAGACUUCUUGCAGUGUCGCGCACGGCUCCGCCCUCACCGUGUGUGACGGAUUACAGUUCUUAACUCGAAGCACCGAUGAGAGGUUCCGCUGCAGGAGACGCUGUCCGCUCGUGGGUAGAAACGCGUCUCUAUUGUUCAUGCGUAAAAGCGCGCGUGCACCCGAAGUAGUGCCAAAAGGUUGGCUGACGCGCGCCACCGGGUUGUCAAUGAGUGGCGCAGAAGGUGACUUCACAGACCUGUCCCAUGGACCCGUGAAGUCCAGGAGAAGCGCAGACACGACAGUAUGUCAACAACCGUGGAAAUAAGUGAAUAACCGAGAGCUCCUGGCGUUUUUCAUCGUCGUGGGAUACAUUCAGUCUGUCGUGGAGGAUUCCUGGUCCUGUGUGGGAUGUUAACGGACUGGUGGUGCGUUGAGGCUGAAGGAGCAUGGUGAAACACCAACCCUUACAGGUCUAUGAGAAGCAGGUCUUUGUGUCCUUUGUCACUGGGAUCUAUGGUUGCCGCUGGAAACGCUACCAGCGUUCCCAAGACGACAGCUCCAGGUGGGAGUGUGCAUGGUUCAUCAUCUUGUGCAGUUCUUUCCUCUUGCUUCUCUUUUGGGCCUACUUCUGGUUGGUGGCUCAAAAUGAUUUCAACGAGUUCAACUGGUCAGUUUACAACCGCUCAGGAGAAUGGCGUGAUGAGACGAUCCCCGUCCUUGCAUCCACCACCGUGGGAUUCAGCUACAUUACAUUCUUACUGAUUUUAGCUCUUUUCCACAUAACCUUGGGCCAGCAGCUGAAUCUCUACUGGGUUCACAAGAUUGGAGUUUUGGCUACAUUGCUCACUACUAUAUCUGGGGUCGUCUCUGUCGAUGACAUAUGGGGAGAUGAGUGGGACAUCCUGCUUGUAUCACUGCAGUCUACAGCACCAUUCCUGCACAUUGGUGCCCUGGCAACACUCACAGCUUUUAGCUGGUUGGUAGCAGGAUAUGUGGUCCGCAGAGAGAGAUCCAAUUUCCAGGUGCUGGUGCUGCUGAGCUACAUCAUCAUCCUCCUGGCUGUCAAUUUGGCACCGCUCACUUUCACCUGCCCCUGCAUCAUGGACCGCCACAGCCUCAAACCUCGGCCAGACAUCAUUGGUCGACGGGGAGCUCCUAUGCUGGCCCCAGAAAACACCAUGGUGUCCUUUAACAGAGCCCUGCAGCAUGGAGUCAGCUCCCUGGAGGCAGACGUCACAAUCAGUGUGGAUGGGGUUCCAUUCCUCAUGCGAGACCGCACACUGAGGCGAACCACAGACGUUGGGAAGGUCUUUCCUGCCAGACAGUUUGAUGACGCCUCUUUCUUCAACUGGACAGAGAUUCGUUCUCUGAAUGCCGGCCAGUGGUUUUUGGAGAGUGACCCCUACUGGACUGUGGAAACUCUGACAGCGAGGGACCGCAGCAGAAUAGGCAACCAGACGGUUUGCAGCCUGGUGGAGAUGCUGCGUCUGGCAGCCAGGGCCAACAGCUCUGCACUGCUUAAUGUGCACCGACCUCGACCAGAGCACCCACGCUACCGGAGCUGGUUCAUGGACACGCUGUGGGCUGUGCAGAAAGCAGGGAUUUCCCAGAAGAGGGUGAGGACUGUGACGUGGACCCCGGACACCGACAGGGGGAGGGUUCGGGGGCUGCAGCAGUCCACAUCUGAGAGGCUGUCACUGGCGGAGAUAAGGCAGAGGGGAAUCACAAGCCUGACCCUCCACUACAGCAAGGCCAACCACAAAGACAUACAGGAGUAUCUGAUCAAUAACGUGAGUGUGACCGUCUACCCAGUGAAUGAGCCCUGGCUCUACUCCAUUCUGUGGUGUAGCGGGGUGCCUUCUGUGUCCUCUGAUGCCCCUCAAGUCCUCCGAAAGGUGCCUUACCCCAUCUGGCUCAUGAGCCGGAACGCUUACAGAUUCAUCUGGAUCACUUCAGAUCUCGUGUCUCUCGCCGUAGUCGUAGGGAUUUUCUGUUUCCAGAAGUGGAGGAUGAGCGGGAUGCAGAACUAUAACCCAGAGCAGAUCAUGCUGAGUGCUGUGGCGCGACGGUCCAGUCGAGACGUCAACAUCAUGAAGGAGAGGCUCAUAUUCUCAGAACUCAACAAUGGGCUCAGCAGUACAGAGGACCUUUGUCUUUAUCCCGAGAACGGCCACGCAGGAUACUCUCAUUAAGGCCCCAGUCGCUGCAUUGAAAAAUCAUUUUGUGGUCAGAAGAAAAAGGAGCACACAAGGGAAAUGGUUCCACAAGUAUUGGGAUACUUACCCCAGAACUGAUGACAGAAUACCAAAUCUUGUAUGGACUAUGAAUGUUUUUACUGUAUGGACAGUUUUAAAAAUGAUUGAUUAUUCCCUUGCUUACGUGCAAGGUAAUUGUAUUUUAGUUGUUUAAACAUAUUUGUAAACUGGUAUUAUCAAUGCAACCUGUUGUCAUCUAACAACCACUUAUAUGUUUUUAAUAAUAAUUAAUAAUUAAUACUGUACUUUGAGUGUGUAUUUUCCCUCACUCUGAACAAGACUGCCAGUCUAAACCACACUGCUCUAAAACACUGGAGUCCAGUAUUUACUUAAAGUGGCCCUGUCAAAGGCUAUCACUUUCAACAUUGCAAACAUCCUCAGAAUCUUCACCGGGAACAUGGCUGAAUAUGGCAUGUUUGUGAUGAUGUGGCCACUUAAUGGGAUUGCUGACGAAUAGGCAAAUAAACUGGAAAUGAAGAUGUGGAGAUUAUCUUUCAUCCAGGUCAUAGUUGUCCACAAGGUGAAAAUCGUGUCAAGUCAGAUAGAGUUGCUGUCACUGACCGGGUUAAACUGCAAUUGUUUUUCUUUGUAAUAAAUACAUUUGUUUAAAACAACUUAAACUCACUUUGUAGUGUAGAAACCACUCAUUCAGCAUUACUAGUUACAGAUAUGUUGAUCUAUGUGGUUAUUGGGCCAAACACUGCAUCUGAAGAUUUUCUGUUCAGUCAAUUUGCUUGAGUGACCUUCUCCAAAGUUUUGUGAGCUAAUAAAGCUGUACUGUUGUAUUUUUCCUUGUAAUUUACUGUGCUGUUGUUUUAUAACAGAGGAAAUGAGCUUUGUACUGUUCGGUAAUAUACACUGAUGUAAAUAUUAUAUAUAUACAUAUAUUUUCCAUUAGAAGAUUUUCAAUGGUUUGGACAUACAGCAUAUUUUAUGUUUGCAUUCAUUAUCAUUAUGACUGACAUCCACUUUGAAGUGUGAUAGACAGAUUUGGGCAUAUGUUUUCUUGCAGAUUGAUUGGGAUGAAGGUAUUUUCUGGCGCGGGGUGCUAAUAUUUUUUCUGCCUCUUUCUGUCAUGAUUGAUUUACUUUAUAGUCAUAUUAGUCAUUACAUCUUUCACAUGGCUGCCUUUUUGAUAAAUGAAGUGACUGGUAGAACAUUGUUGAAAAAAUAGUUAAAUAAUAGGGGUAGAAAACUACUGUUACUUGUUAACUGUUUAAUAAAAGUGAUCUUUUCUCCUUGAAAAACA